AUGCCUGCGAUCAUGGAUGCACUACGGACGGGUAAGGCACUGCCAACAAUCACAAAACCAUCAACGCUGUAUCGCAUCCUCAGAGAUCCUAACCACGAGGUGAUGACCUACGGUCGGCCGGAAGGCUGGCAGUUUCACGAGCGAACUUACAUAAUGAGUAAUAUUCGUGCUGCGGCCCGUCAAUGUGGUCUUGAAACCCCCGAACACUCACAGUUGUGGUUAAAGAAUGGCGUUUUCCACCCAUUUGCCAUGGAUUGCGGUCUGCCCGAUGAUUUCGAUCACGGGAAUGCGUACGACUUCUUUGUUGCCAAGCUGAAACGAAUGAGAGGAACAUGCGACUGGCGAGAGAUAGACAACCCAAACCGAGAGACAGCUGAGGUUGGGGAGUUGAUGGUCGCUGUGGCCUAUUUAUGGUUUCGAAAUAUUAGGUCGGACCUUGACAACGGAAUUCCUAUUGAUCGCUGUGGUCGUGACGAAAUCGGUUUGAUCCCGCAUCCAACACUUCGAUGGCUGCUUUCCUCUUCAAUCGGACAUCGUCGUCACGGCGAAGCCAUGGCCCUUGGUAUCUCCAACUUGGACCCUACCGGAGGUAGUCCCUGUGUCUUCGACUACUCCAAGUGCAAUAUAUGUUGGGAGACCCAAGGUUGCAAUGCCAUGAAACAUGACUUCGAUGAGAAAUAUUAUCCUGUGAUGUUCGGAAUGCUCGCUAAAGUCAGAAGCACCUCCAUCAAUGGAGUUGAUCCUACACUUACCAUCAGCGAGCUCACCGAAGGCAAAUUGCUUCCGGAACAUUUUCCGACGUUCGAACCAGAUGAUGAGUCAGGAGUUCCAGACAAGAUGGAGGACGAAUCCAGCUAUUUGAACGAGGUUGCCGAUUCGGAGCCCGCCUUUGUGGUUAGCGGUUCCGGUCUGCUUGAUGACGACGUGCGAACGGAAGACUUCGGAUUUGUUCCUGGCUGGGUGGACCUUCGAGACUAUGGCAUCGAUGAGGCUGGUCGGCAGUUGAUCUUAGAUGAUAUUGCAGAUUCUCCUGAGCGUCCGCUUGACGUUCAAGCCUAUCAGGCAUUGACGGACGAUGGAAUUGCACAAAUCGACCCUGAUGAGCCUAGUGCGGCAGGAUUCCAAUUGGUCCUCGAUGUGCUUCAACAGUACUAUGAGUCCAACCGUGAUAGCAUGUUUGCUAUAUUGCAAACAGCGUCCUUCAGCACAUUGUACGCUUCAUUCAGCGUUGGCUUCGGUACAGAGCCCUCCACAUUCACAAUCCCCCCCUUGCCAGAAAACCCGUCCCCACUGGAAAGCCCGACGAAGGGCAAUGUGCAGAGCUCUGUCAUCAACGACCCUCCCUCCCGUGGCUUGAAGGCAGAAGGGCCAGCCAAGCGUGUUGUCAUAAAAGACUCCUCAUACCAUGGGUCACCAACCGGUUCGGGUCGGAAGCGGCCUACUUUGCCCUCGAUAUUGAGUCUGGAAGGGCCAGCCAGUUCCAGAGCGGUUUCGAGUGUUCUGCACGGACUGGUUCCACCGUCGCCACAUCGUUCGGGCUUUGGAUUACGCCGUGGGCUUUUCCCGUCACAGUCACUGACACCGGCGAGCGCCUUAACUCGACCACAAGGAAAGAAGACGGACAAAGAUGAAGACGAAACAUCGGAAGGUAAUGGAGAGGCAGACUUGGAAUAG